UCCAAUGGCGGAGACCACGCCGGAAACUCGCCAGUUCAAAGACUCUCCGUUCUCCAUCAAGAACCUGCUGAACUGCGAGAGCAAACCAGCUCUGAUCAAACCCAAAGCCCUCAUGAACUCAACCAAAGGACUUGUGGAGCACAGUUUGUCCCUGUCCCGGGUCGGGGAGCUCAGUUUCCCCCGCUUUGAUUUACCUGUGCAGAGGUUUGGAUUAGCGGCGCAGUGGUGGUACCCGUACAGUCCCAUUCACAGAACAGUAGCUGAAAGGGCCGCGGUGAGAGACUCGUCCCCGGUCUCCGCUACAGACAGAGACUCACCGGAUCCGCGGCUGGACCUGGAGUCGGACGCUAAAGACGACGACGAGAGCAAAAGCGCGGAUGAGAUCGUGCUGGAGGAGAGCGACACGGACGAACCGAAGCGGGACGCGGCGGCGGAGGCGGCGGCUUUAACGGAGGCCGAGAGCCUGGACAAGCGGCCGCAGUGCAGGAAGAAGAAGACGCGCACGGUGUUCUCGCGCAGCCAGGUGUUCCAGCUCGAGUCCACCUUCGACGCCAAGCGCUACCUGAGCAGUGCGGAGCGCGCGUGCCUGGCCUCGAGCCUGCAGCUCACCGAGACUCAGGUGAAGAUCUGGUUCCAGAACCGGCGCAACAAGUGGAAGCGGCAGCUCGCGGCCGAGCUCGAGGCGGCCAGCCUGAGUCACACGGCCGCGCGCCGCAUGGUGCCCGUGCCCGUCAUCUACCGAGAGGGUUCGAGCAGCGACAGCGCGUCCGGCCACACCAACACCGCCCAGCCUCUCCUCACCUUCCCGCACCCGGUCUAUUAUCCGCACCCGGUGGUGGCCGCUAUGCCCCUGCUCAGACCCGUAUGAGCA